ACUACGCGACCUCCGGCUUCGCCGAGCCGCCGCCGCCGCCCGCGCCCCCCGUCGCCCCCGCCAGCGCCGCCGCGCCACCCCCCGCCCCUGCCUGGGCCUACGAACCCCGCGCGGCCGCGGCCAGCAGCAGCGGCAGCGGCGGCGGCGGCGGCGGCGGCGGCAGCAGCGGCAGCGGCAGCGGCAGCGGCGACGGCAGCAGCGGCAGCAACCCCAGCCUCAAGCCCAGUUUAAGCUAUGAAGAAGGACAUCCCUCACACUCUGAAACAGAUCUCCUGCAGAGACAGACCUUUGCAACCUCUCACCAGCUUCCUGGAUAUACUUCCACACCUCAGCCAACUGGUCUUUCUGGAAUAUUUGAUACUAGUGUGAACGGUGCCAGCAGUAACACUAAAGAAUCUUCGGUGAUGAAUUUUCUCUCUGCUGUUGAAUCUCGAACUGCUCAGGCUGCUUCUUCAGGAACUACUCUUUUACCACAAUUCAGGGCUCCAUCUUGGCAGACAGGUAUGCAUUCUUCAUCGGCAGCUGAGCUCUUUGUUACUGGACCUUUGCCAACCACUGGAACACUUCCACCUUCUGCGCUCUCUGCUUAUCAGCAUCCUACUACCUUUAGCAAUAGAAACUUUGCUACCACCUCACCUUUGGUGCUUCCAGAUUCAACUUUUAACACUACAUCAAAUGGAAUUUUAAGUCCUCAUGAUCCUUUGCUACAAAUCAAGACUUCCCAGGGAACUAUUCCAACUGCUUUGGCAUUUGAGCGUCUGGGAAAUUCCGCAUUAAGUAACAGCAUACCACCUCAGUCAUCAACAUAUCGCUCAGCUCAAGAAUCUGCACCCCAUCUUUUACAACCUCAAUUUAGUUUGUUGCCUUCAGCACUGGGAGGAGCCCAGCAGACUCCUCAAGCCUACAAUUCAACUCUCUUUAAUAAUUCAACUGCGUCCAUUGAUAGAGCUCUUCUUCGAGAAUGUAGUGUUAUUAAACACCAUCAGCGGCCUUCAGGUACCCAGUCUAUUCAGACACAACUGACUGGUUCACAGCAUUCCUUACAUAGUUAUCUUUCAAAUCCAAGUGUAGUUAAUUUUCAGGAAACAACUAGGCAGUCAUCUUUAUCCUGUAGCCCAAUAGGAGAUUCUACUCAGGUGAGCAAUGGAGGAUUACAACAAAAACCCUCCCAAGUCUCUGUGGAACUUGAUCAAUCUUACUCAUCUGCAAUUCCGUCAUCAGGAUAUUCUCCUCAUUCUACUACAGAAGUAAAGAGCUGUCCUACAAAACAACCACUAAUAUCUACUAAGACCCUUAAGCCUCCAAGUGUAAUUCCUCCUGUGCAAACACUAAGCUAUUCAAAAACUUUACAUAACCAGACUUCUGUAGUAUCAGGCCAAGCACAAAUUUAUUCUACAGCGCAGCUACCAAGCCUUUUAUCUGUUAGUCAGUCUCAAAAUUAUGGUUUAGUACAGCCACAUAAUGUGCCAUCAAUUGUUCAUUCACAGGUUUAUAGGCCCAGCAAAGUAGAGAAGAUACCACCUUUAUAUAAAACAUUGACUUUUUCUGGAUCAUCUCAGGCUUCUGAAAACCAGACACUAAAUUAUUCGUCUAAUCAGCAAGAAGUGUUAUCUUCAGUUACAAAUGAGAACUACCCUGCUCAAACAAGAGAUAUGUCUUCAGUUAGCCAGUCUCAGAGUUAUUCAUCCGGUCAUGCUCAGGGUUUAUCACCAGUUAGCCAGACACAGGCUAGCUAUUCAUCUCAAUCACAAGUUUUGUCAGUUGUUAGUCCUUCAGAAAGCUAUGCUUCAGGGCAGUCCCUAACUUUAACAGCCCCUUCUCUUUCUUAUUCUUCUGCCUCUCGGGCUCAGAAUUUGCCAGAUUCCAGCCCAACACAGAAUUAUAUUUCUGUGCAUUCUUCCCAAAAUGUUCAGACUCAAGGGUCAUCUCCACCUCAGUCCCAAAAGUUUUUGCCUGUUGUCCAGUCACCAUCUUUUGUAUCCUCUACCCAUUGUCAGACGUUACAGGAUAAUAUACCAUCCCCUGAUCCAAAGACCUAUGCAGAAAGAAAACUUGAUUCAACUGUGUACACACCUUCCAAGCAAGAAGGUGAUUUUCCAAUGCAAGAGUUACCGGUAUUACAGCCACAAGUAUCUCUUGAGUCUUCGACCCAAAGGCUCUCAGACGGGGAAAUUAAUACUCAAGAGUCUGCUUAUAAAGUGUCAAAGGCAGAUGACAGAUAUUCCCAGAGUGUAAUCAGAAGUAAUUCCCGUCUUGAAGAUCAAGUUGUUGGGAUUGCUUUGCAGGGAUCCAAAAAAGAAGAAAGUGUGGUUGGGUCAGUGACACAACUUAACCAGCCAAUUGGGCAAGUCAAUAAUGCAGCAACCCUUGAUAUGAAGAAGGCAGCUAAUUUAAUGCAGACCCCCCCACAAAUAAGGUUGAAUGCUAAAGACCUGAACCAGCAGCAUUCACUUAUUCAUAAGGUGCAUGAAACUAAGGUCCAGGAACAGCAUGAUCCAAUAAUCAACCCCUCAUCUCAGAUUCAAAUUUCAAAUCAUGCCUUAGGGCAUGGUCAUCAAGCAACCCUUCCCAAUACACAGGUCCUUUUAGAUCCUGCCUGUGAUUUACAGAUUCUUCAGCAAUCAAUACUGCAGGCAGGUUUAGGACAAGUAAAGACAUCUUUACAAGUACAGCGUGUUCAGAGUCCUCAACAAAUUGUACAUCCUUUCCUUCAAAUGGAUAGUCAUAUUCAGAGCAAUGGUGAGCAUUCUCAGCAACAGCAGCUCCAUCCUCAGAAUUCUGAAAUUAUGAAAAUGGACCUUCCAGAAUCUUCAAAACCAUUGCAUCUAACAACAAAGGGUCAUUUUAGUGAAACAAAUCAGCAUGACUCAAAGAAUCAGUUUGUGUCUCUUGGAUCAAUAUGUUUCCCAGAGGCAAUGCUUCUUGGUGAUGAAAGGAAUAUUUUAUCAAAUGUAGAUGAUAUUUUAGCUGCUACAGCAGUAGCUUGUGGAGUCACACCUUCUGAUUUUACCAAGGCAACGGCAAAUGCAGCCAUUCCGGCUGUUGAAGAUGGUGAUUCUAAAUCUCAUUUCCAUCCGCCUUUAGAUGUAGGACCUGUGACUUCAGAUUUUAACUCCAUCACCGCUACAGUAGGAAAGCCACAGGGUCUCAGUGAUAUGUCUUUAAAUGGAAAUCAGGUGACUGUGAACCUUUCACCAGUAUCCAGCCUUCAGUCAAAAAUGGCUCUUGAUCAACAGCACGUUGAAACAUCUUGUCAAAGUAAAACAUCUAAAGUAAUUUCCCCAGGGGUUGGAUCAGGUCAUGAAGCUCAGGAGACAAGUUCUGGCCCAUUCAAAAAACAGUCUGGUGCCAAUCAUGAAUCUGAAGAGGACAACGAAGUUCCUGUUGAUAGUAUGUUAAAUAAUAACAGAAACCAAGAAUUUGUCUCUAGUAGUAGAAGUAUAAGCGGAGAAAGUGCUACAUCAGAGAGCGAAUUCACCUUAGGAGGCGAUGAUGGUGGUGGACCCAUGAACCCAUCUCAGAGCACACUUGCGCUGUUGACCUUGGCUCAGCCUGGGGAUACAGUUGGUGGGAAGGUGGAAGAAGAGAACCAAGAUUUAAUGCAUCUCGGCCUUCAGAAGAAGAAAACGAAAGGAAAAGGGCAAACUAAAGAAGACGAGAGCAGUAAUCAGAAGCAGCUGAAAAGACCUGCCCACCACAAACGCCAGAACCCAAGGGGAGCCGAUACAUGUUUCCCCUAUACGCCUCCUUCCUCAGAAAGCUGCCAUGAUGGUUACCAGCAUCAAGAAAAAAUGAGACAGAAAAUCAGAGAAGUGGAGGAAAAACAGCCAGAAGUCAAGACAGGAUUUAUUGCCUCUUUCUUAGAUUUUCUGAAGUCAGGGCCCAAGCAGCAGUUUUCCACUCUUGCUGUGCGAAUGCCAAACAGGACCAGACGAUCAGGGACCCAGGUUGUUCGUACAUUUUGUCCCCCAUCACUUCCAAAGACUUCGUCUACAGCACCCGCACCUUUUAUAUCUGAAACUGGAAGUAAUAGUCCAUCAGAAAAAGCUGAUAAUGAACUGAAAAACUUGGAACCUUUAUCUUCAUUUUCUUCUGAUGAAGAAGACCCUGGAGUAUGCGGUCAGGAUAGUCAUAAAAGCUCCUCUACCACUUUAACCUCUUCGGAUGCUCCUUCUGAUAAAAAGAAGAAAACAGAAGCCAUACAAGUAGCAGCCACUAGUUCAACUGCCAACACUACUGGUUCUGCUACUACGUCUUCCACCACUGCGGGCGCAGUGAAGCAAGAACUUCUCUACUCAGCUUCAUCCACAGUAAACAACUUGGAAAAUACAAAUUCUGCAGAACCCCAAAAAUCCGUUGAACUUGAUAGUCUUCCUUUGGACCAGUUUGCAAAAGGACAAGACACUAUAGCCAUAGAAGGUUUUACAGAUGAGGAGGAUACAGAAAGUGGAGGAGAAGGCCAAUACAGAGAACGUGACGAAUUUGUUGUAAAGAUAGAAGAUAUAGAGACUUUUAAGGAGGCUUUACAAACAGGGAAAGAACCUCCAGCUAUUUGGAAAGUACAAAAAGCUUUAUUACAGAAAUUUGUUCCUGAAAUUCGAGAUGGACAAAGAGAAUUUGCUGCUACAAAUAGUUACCUUGGAUACUUUGGAGAUGCAAAGAGUAAAUACAAAAGGAUAUAUGUGAAGUUCACUGAAAGUUCAAACAAAAAGGAAUAUGUUAGAGUCUGUUCCAAAAAGCCAAGAAAUAAGCCUUCGCAAAAUAUCAGAACUGUUCCAUCAAAGCCAAGUAGUAGCAGUAAAACUUCUGAUCCUCCAACACCAAAAACUGUGACUACAAAAACCCCUUCUGUGAAACCCAAAGUUAAGCAGCUGAAAGUAAAAGCUGAGCCACCACCAAAGAAACGGAAGAAAUGGAAAGAAGAAUUUUCAUCAUCCCAAUCUGAUUCAUCUCCUGAGAUUCAUUCUAAUAGUAGUGAUAAUGAGGAAUUUGAUCCUCCAGCUCCCUUUGUCACUCGUUUUUUGAACACAAGAGCGAUGAAGGAAACCUUUAAGAGCUACAUGGAAUUGCUAGUUAGUAUUGCUCUGGAUCCUGACACAAUGCAAGCCUUGGAGAAGAGCAAUGAUGAGCUACUUUUGCCUCAUAUGAAAAAAAUAGAUAGCAUGCUGAAUGAUAACAGAAAGAGACUUCUUUUGAAUCUUCAUUUGGAUCAGUCGUUCAAGAAUGCUUUGGAAAGCUUUCCUGAAUUAACGAUAAUUACUCGAGACUCUAAGGCAAAAAGUGGGGGAUCAGCUAUUUCUAAAAUCAAAAUGAAUGGCAAAGCUUAUAAUAAGAAAACUCUAAGAACUUCUAAGACAACCUCUAAAUCUACACAGGAGUUUGCUGUUGAUCCAGAGAAAAUACAGUUGUAUUCUUUGUAUCAUUCACUCCAUCAUUAUAAAUAUCAUGUUUAUCUUAUAUGUAAAGAUGAGAUUUCUUCUGUGCAGAAAAAAAAUGAAGAUUUAGGACAGGAAGAAAUUGUUCAACUUUGUAUGAAAAAUGUAAAAUGGGUAGAAGACCUUUUUGAAAAAUUUGGAGAACUCCUAAAUCACGUACAGCAGAAAUGUUCCUAACAUUUCCGCAAAAAUCCCACCUACUUGAGAUAGCACUAAUAACAAGGCCACGUGGGGUGGUUAGAGAGGGCCUAGGGCCGCAGAUAAUCGAUGUUCAGCAUAGUCUCCUGCAGGCGCACCUGCUUUGAUCAUGAAAUUUGCAUCGUGACCUCUGCUAAAGGACAGUGGUGCUGCCAAGGAAGUCACUCCUUCGGAAGUGGACCUAAAUCCCAACCACAUUUUUAUCCGAAUGAAUGAUUUUUCUAUUUUGUAAAUCAUCGGGGAACUGAGUUUUAUUUUCAGAAAUGUUUUUGUGACAAAUGAUGAAGCAUGCACUAAAUAUAAUUGUUCUUUAUUGCUAGAGAGAUAACACUUAAGUAACUUUGUUUUUGUAUUUGUUUGGUUUGGUUUGGUUUUCUGUUUUCCCUGUCUGACGAAACACCAGAAUGAAAGAGAGGUGACAGAAAGUGUAUGUUUGUAUCAUGUCUGGCCACACAUGCGAACGUGUUGUAUAAUAUGUAAAGGGAUCUGGUGUUAUGUGACAUUCUGUAUGAGAAUAUCAUCAAUUUAAAAUAUAAAAUUCAGAAACUGCAUUCUGCUUUAUGAACUCCUUUUACUCUUAACAUGUUCAGGAAACUGGAUAUGGAUCUUGGUGCAAUUAUAUGACUGCUUUUUAUAUCAAAUUAUAUUGUGAUUAAAAAAACAAUGACAUACUAUUUUACCUAUCUCAAAGAAAAGUAUUUUCCUUUAUACUGUUUUUCCUUUGGAAAAUUUUUCACUUGUACUUUUUAUUUCACUGGUAGUUGUAUUUUUCACAAGAAAUAUUGUGGUUAUAAUUAUGUUUGUAUUUUCUACUAUACUUUUAUUAUUUUCAGUAAAUCUUAUUUUGUUAUAUAUUGAAUUUCUGUUGACUUCUAUCUUGAGGUAACCUUUUUGUUGUUGUUUAAACAGACUUGCUUCAGUGUUAUCCAGAAUAUACGUUCAGUACCAGAAUUAGUGUAGCUUUAUAAACGGGCUGUGUUAGACACUGCAUUGAUUUUCUAAUUCAUAAAAGUCAAUUUCUCAUUGAACUAGCACUUGAUUGACUGGUUUGUUAAAAUAAGAGUCUAGGCACAUUUUCCUGUGACAGAAAUAAUAUUCAUAAUCAGACUACAUGCAGUGUAAAACACAACCACCUGAUUCUUAGAACUGGAAGUGGCAGACCUCUCCUUUUGGUGCCUUUCAGACCUCUAUAACAUGCUAUUGUAGCUUUCUUUAGUUCGUAGUUAGUAUUUCAAGUAGAUUAGCUGAGACAGUGAAUGUAUUAGGUUCAACAUGACCUUGUGUUUUAUUUGUGUUUGCCAACAGGAUGCCUUAUUUGUUUGAGAAAAAGUUUUACUAGUGUCCUUCUAUAAGAUUUCCUUUUUUGGAUUCUAAAGAAAUUGUUAAUCAUCACAUGUUUCUUUCUUUUAACACCAUUUAGUGCCUUAAAUCCUAUCAAGAAAGCAGUGUUACUGCUGAUUGCCCAAAUAAGAGGUGCUUGUGUAGACUUUGAUAUUGUCUUG